AUGUAUCCGUCUAGAACUGUUUGUCUUGCUCAAAUCUUGCUGCAAUGUCCUGGAGUCAUACUGAAUGAAAGAAUUGAUAUGACGGAAAGCUGUACUCAAUGCAUCAAGAUUGAAUGUUCGGCUGGACAACCUUACAACUUUUCUGCCUCCUGGUGUAUAUCGGAUGGUUGUGCUGUACAGCAGUCGAUAGCAGCACAGCAUACACUCAUUGAAAGGGCAAGAGAGUGGAUGCAAAUCAGACUCUGCACAUUUGGGAAAGAGUUCAAGAGAUACUGCGAAAUCUUGCGCUGA